AUGGAUGGGUUGGACACACCUUCCGUCCUUCUAGAGAAAACCUGGUCCGCAUCUGCAGAUUCCCCCUGCGCUCCCAGGCAGAGCCUACGCCGCGGUCGUCCAACGCCAUCAAGUAAUACCGUUCCACUCUGCGGCGUCCUCGGUGCCUUCGGGAGGUGGCGGCUAGAGGUCCAGUGCUGGGCGCGAGGGAGAGGCGGGCUCAGCGGCCCCCGGGAGCGCGCUAUGCUCCCCAGCGCCGUGGCGGCCCACUCCGGCGCGUACUGGGACGUGGUGGCUUCCUCGGCGCUUCUCAACCUCCCAGCGGCGCCCGGCUUUGGCAACCUGGGCAAGAGUUUCCUGAUCGAGAACUUGCUGCGGGGCGGGGGCUCCCCAGCGCAUGGGCUGCCACCACCUCCGCUCCAAGGCCCCACGACCGCCCUUGCCCCCGCCGCGGGCGCGCAGCUCCGGCCCUUGCCCGCCAGCCCUGUCCCACUCAAGCUGUGCCCUGCGGCCGAGCAACUCAGCCCGGCCGGGGCGCCCUAUGGCACACGGUGGGCUUUUCAAAUGCUCAGCCCCACGGCUGACGGUGCGAGGCUGCCGGGCCGGGCUCCGGUGGACCGAGACUGUGCCUUCCAGCCAUCAGUCCCAGGGCCUUCCAAACCUUUUCUUCUGAGCACCCCUCCAUUCUACUCCGCGUGCUGCGGUGGGUCCUGUCGGCGCCCUGCUUCCCCCACCACCUUUCCAAGAGAAGAGAGCAUGCUGCCUCUGCUGACCCAGGACUCUAAUUCCAAAGCUCGGAGGGGCAUUUUAAGAAGAGCUGUAUUUUCAGAGGACCAGAGAAAGGCUCUGGAGAAAAUGUUUCAGAAGCAGAAAUACAUCAGCAAAACAGACCGAAAGAAACUUGCCAUCAACUUGGGACUCAAGGAGUCACAGGUGAAAAUUUGGUUUCAGAACAGAAGGAUGAAAUGGCGGAAUUCCAAAGAAAAAGAAGUGCUUUCCAACAGGUGUAUCCAAGAAGUAAGCCUUCCGGACGAGGCUCUCUCCCGAUCUGCUCUGAGUUUCCCUUCUCAAUGUCCUUCAAUAUGGGAAGUCUCCCAACAGCACUCAAGUCCCAGAUGGAGAGAGAAUUCCCCAGAACCUGCAGAAAGACUAACCCAGGAGAGUUCAGGGGCACCACCCCCAGAAGCAAAUUCACUGCAAGAUGCCUUGUAUUUGUGUUCCAAGGAAGAAGCUGCAGACAAGAAUGGACUUCCUGGGGCUGUCUGA